GUGCGUCCCUUCACGCCAGUUCGCCACAGCAAGCAGCCGUGCACCUUUCAGUUCGCCGCCGUUCACGCCUUCAGCGAAGUCCGUAGGUAGCAGCAGCUCCGCGCCUCCGCCGUCAGCAAGCUCUCCGUCGUCGACGACUUCGUCCGGCCGCAGUUGCAUCUCACUCUUCUUCGGUGACUGGAUGUGUUCAUUCAUAUCUUAGCAGAAAAUGGAGGAAGUGGAAGUUAAUAGAUGUCAGAUCCAAGAGUGGUACCCAAAAUUCAAAUCUGACUCCAUAAAAACUGAAAUCCUUGAUCUUCCAGAAUCAUUUAUAGAGUACCUUCUUGAUGAUAAUGGCCCCUUUCUUCUCCCCCUCUCCAUAGAAGAUAAUGAUGCCCUUCCAAAUAGAAUCCAUAAACCUGAAGAUGAAGAGGACUGUGAAGUUACUGGAGGAUCUGAAGAUGAAUCAGAAAUACCUCCAACACCCCCUUCAUUCCCUGAACUCGAGAUGAAGGUUAAGGAAUCAAUUCAAUCUCUGGGGGGUUCUGCCUUCCCUAAGCUUAAUUGGAGUUCACCUAAAGAUUCUGCUUGGAUUAGUUCUACGGGGAACCUCAAGUGCACAUCUUUCAGUGAGAUUGCACUUUUAUUCAAAUCAUCAGAUUCCGUAGUCCAUGAUCUUUGUCAUGCAUAUGAUUCGUGCAGCAAUAAGACUAUUUCUAGGCCUCCUAAGUUUGUUCUUGCUCUUCGCAAAUGGUACCCUUCCUUGCAUCCAGAGAUGGAGUUCCGUUGCUUUGUGCGAAAUAUGGUUCUGGUAGGGGUUUCCCAACGUGAGGUCACUGGAUUUUAUCCUUCUCUCAUUGAGCGGAAGUAUGAGCUGAAAACAGCUAUCCAAAGUUUUUUCUCUGCUAAGGUGAAGGGCAAAUUUGAGUCAAAGAGUUACACAUUUGAUAUUUAUGUUACACUGGAUCACCGGAUCAAGCUUUUAGAUUUUAACCCAUGGGGUGCUUUUACCUUGCCGCUGCUCUUUUCUUGGGAAGAAUUGGAAGAAGGGGGAAAUGAAUUGGAUUUUAGAAUUGUAGAGAACCAAUGUGGAGUUCGACCUGGUUUGAAGACUGCAGUUCCUCGAGAUUACUUAGAUACCAGUCCAGGAAGUGGUUGGGAUGAAUUCCUGAGGAAAGCUAAUGAGGAGUUGCACCUGUAAGAAAUGCCAAGUGAGGAAGGUUUUAUCCCAGGUCAGUGAUGUGGUGACUGUACUAUUAUAUAUAUUUUAUGAUUACUAAAACUAAAACUGUGUCUUGUGGCAUACAGUUGUAGAAAGUCUAAUUUUCUCUUUCUGUAUUUCUCAACUACCAGCUUUCAUUUUUCCUUGUUUCCAGGAUUUAAUUGCUCAUUUUUAUAUUAAACAUAGUAAAUCAGCUUAUCAGGCUCUGAAUUUGCAUCAUACAUAGUUGUGAGAAUAUACCAUUACAAACAACCUC